CAGGCGAACCCGAUCCAUCAAUGCACCGGUCCCGUCCCCAUCCUUCGGUCCCAAGGCCAUGCUCAAGAGGGUUCCAGUCUCACAGAUAAUGCAUGUGACGGAUCCCUCUAGCCAGCGCCUCGUAUGGAAAGCCACUCCCCUCUCUGUGCUCAUCAUUAAAAAGAUCUUUGACACAUCGGUUUUGGGACCUUUCAAAGAGAUGACCAAAUGGCUUUCACAGGAGAAGAAUCUAGUGAUCUAUGUAGAAGGCAAAGUACAAGAGGAUGAAGAUCUGUUAGCCAACAAGGAGUUCUCUACCCUCAUGAAGAAAUUUAAAACAUUCAAAGAAGGUGAUGACCUGAGCGAUAGGAUAGACUUCAUCAUCUGCCUGGGAGGAGAUGGCACCCUUCUCUGGGCAUCCUCGUUGUUCCAGGAGGGCAGCGUACCUCCCGUCAUGGCCUAUCACUUAGGAUCCCUAGGAUUCCUCACACCGUUUGAGUUUGAAGAUUUCAAGGAAUCCGUCAAUGUCUUCCUAGAAGGUAAUGCAGCUGUCACGUUAAGAAGUCGACUGAAGUGUCUCAUAUUUGAGAACUCUGAGAUCCCCAAUGGCCUAGAGGUUGACAACAGUGAUGCCUUGAAACCUCCCAGCAAGAAACCCGAUCCACCCAACCUCAAAUUCAAAUUCCAGGUCAUGAAUGACGUCGUGAUAGACAGAGGUCCAUCUCCUUAUCUAUCAAACCUAGAUCUCUUCAUCGAUGGUCGACACGUCACAACGGUCCAGGGCGAUGGUUUAAUAAUUUCCACUCCUACUGGUAGCACAGCCUAUGCAGCAGCAGCAGGAGCCGCAAUGGUACACCCCAACGUCCCUGCAAUACUCAUCACCCCUAUCUGCCCACAUACAUUGUCCUUUAGGCCCAUUGUAGUACCUGCUGGUGUGGAACUCAAGGUUUCUGUUUCACCGGAUGCAAGGCAUACAGCCUGGGCCUCUCUGGAUGGAAGGAAUAGACAAGAACUCAAGAAAGGAUUCUGCUUGAGGAUCACGACGUCAGUCUACCCAGUGGCAUCUGUGUGCAGCAUAGAUCAGAUCUGUGAUUGGUUUGACAGCCUGGUGGAGUGUCUCCACUGGAAUGAACGGCAAACACAGAAAUCAUUCCGAUCAAAGAUCAAGGACAAAUCAUCAAACAACAACAACAAACAGAAUGGUGGCUCCAGUAGUCCAGACUGA